AUGCGCUUUUUCUGUAUCCCAGAUAUUGUCGAAGACCAUCCGACAUACCACACUAAGACGAAAUCGUCCUCGCGCGUCAAGCGGUCCAGUAGCCAAAGCGCCCACAAUCACCAUUAUGCAAACGGAUACUCGAAUGGACAAAUUAUGGGCGCCAUGCCCUUGAAUCGCUCGCGGUCCAGCCUUGGGUCAGGCGGACGAAGACUGUUCGGGGAGCGCAAACACAGCAGUAUUGGUGGGACAGGAAUUGGACAGGCGUUUGGACCAAUAUCUGGACCAAUAUCGGCACCAGUAUCGACCGUGUCCAGAGCGUCGAGCGCAACACAUCGAACGCGAGUCCCGCCACCAAACGAACCCGUGAGUGAGCCUCUUGCUCAUACGCCCACACCCGCGCCUGUACCCGCGCCUGCAUCCGUACCACCACCAUCUCGUCCAGUGUACGCGAUUCCACCAGCGGUGGUUCAUCGAGAGAAUGGACCGCCUGUCCGCCUCGCGUCCGUACAGCAGCAGCAGCAGCAGCAGCAGCGGCCACCACCCGCGACGUAUCAUCACCAUCCGGCGUUGGCCAACAACGGUGACGAACGCCAUCACGACUUUCAUCCUGGUGGAGCCGGGAUGAUUACCGAUAGCGAUCGCGAGUACUCGAGUCCCAAUGCGCGCAUGAGGAAGAGCCGACGCAUGUCUGCCCCACUGGCUGCUGCCUUGGGAUUCGUUGGUGGGAAUCGGAGUGAUAUGGAGAGUGGAAACGAAUCGGGUACAAGUAAGAAACUGAGACGGGUCAGCAAGGUUACUAUUGGUCCGCCAGAGGGCUUUAGACAUGAAGGGCAUGUCGGAGUUGGCGAAGUAUUCUUGCCGCAGCCUCCUGUCCACGACUCGUGGAACGUGGAGACGUGGAGGUCGGAAAUUGAGCGUCCUAAACACUCGGCUACAGUCUCGGGUGCCACUACGCGCCCACGAGGACCUCGACCGUCAUCCGUAAAUCCCCCACCUAGCGCCUCUCCGCCUCAAGUCGACCCUGCCGCCUCGCUCCGCUAUCGCAAGCGAGGGAGCAUGGACAGUGCGAUCACACCACGACGCUCCACUGAUCGUGAAAGAGAGCGAGAAAGGACAGCGGCAAUCUUGGAUGGCGCCAUGACAGAGCCGCCGUUGAGCAACCGUCCUGGCACGCUCGUUCCCCAAGGACGCGCUAGUCCGACACAUGCGCUUGUUGAAGGCGAAGAGGGUGGAUACGCGAGUGCGAAUGCUGUCCCCGUACAGACGUAUCAGAGUCGUCGCUCGCGUUCUCGCUCGAGGUCUGGGUCGAAUUCGGGCUCGAUUGGGAGGAGUCAUCAGCCGCAGCCGCCGACAAUUGCGUAUGGACAGCAGCAGCAACGACGUGGUUCUCAGUCCUCGCGAACCCGUGGUGGUGCUGGGCAUUUACCUGGUCAGGACAGUAUUACAUCUCUUGCGUCGACGCACGCGUCCAACCCUACGUCUCAGUCAUCUCAUGCGACUACUGCUACCAACGCUGGAGGUGUCAUCACCCCCGCCACCUCGACGUCGUUGAGCAGAAGCGCAUCCGAUAAGCCGUAUCACCCACCCCAGGCGCAGCACUAUCUCCAUCACAAUGCCAUGCACUAUGCCGCGCUGCAGCAAGCCCAAAAGGAGGCCGUCAGUCCUCUCCAACUUUAUUAUAAGCAACAAGAGGAGCAACAGCGUUCGCGCUCAAAGCACCAACAAUCCCAGUCUCUGACCCAGGUCCAACCACAACAGACUCCGGGCGUGUCGAAGCGGCACUAUCAGAGCAGCUCGUACGGCGGUGGAGAUGCUUCACUUUCGCGUGGUGGAAGCUCACGUUCAGGGCAUCAUUCUACCCAGCAUCACCAUCAACAACAGCCACCCCCCAAUGCAUAUAAUCAUGGUUACUCGACAGUUGCUGGUGCAAACCUUGCUCGCGCGGCGUCUGCGAAUGCGGCCAUCGCGCCCACAUUUGCGCCCUCCUCGACCUCGUCGACCGCUACUGCCGCAAGUAUGGCGAGUAGUAGUGCAACCCUCACACCAACGCCGGGUAUCCACGGCGCAAUGACGAAUAAUGGAGGACCGACCAAUACUGGUGGAAUUGGUAUGAAUAGUGCAGCGUCUGCGUCGACGACGACGGUGACGGGUCGCAAGUCUGUUCCGAUUCCUCGAAGGAAGCCUGUGCCGCAGCAUUUACCUGCCACAGCAGAGGUGUCGCCUUUCCCGAGCAUGUUUGUCGAUUCGUCUAAAGAGGGUGAUAAGCCUCUUCCGAUCCCUGACGAGCUCUUGUCCCGGAUGCCUACUUUAUCGGCUCCUACAAAGGACGAGUCGGUAGAGGGAAAGGAGAGGGAGGUUGUUGGAAUAGAGGAGAGCGGGACAGAGAGGGAGAAUAAGAGGUGGAGGGAUAAGGAUGGUAAAGUGAAGAAGGAAAUGGUACCGUUGCUUGGUGUACCCGGCGAAAAUGCGCGGUAUGUGACCGAGACGACAAAGGCGAAAUGGGAUGGUAACAUGUCGGAGAUUGUAGAUGCACUCCGUGAUCCCAACGCGACCUCUCCCAUCUGA